AGCUACAACUCUGUUAUUGAGGAGCGAGCAAUUGUAUAGGUUAUGGUGUGUGAACGAGCUCUUAGCCACUGUAUGACACCAAUCCACAUAAGUAUCUGUAAGAGCACACAAGAUUAGUCUUUGUAUGGCACAAACUUAAGUUUAGAGUAGAGGGAUGUGGAACAAUGAACUGCAGAUCAUAUUGCUAACUCCUAUCUACAUCUGUUCAGCAAGUGGAAAAUGAAAGAACAAAUCUAAUCAGCGGUAGACUUUUUCCAUGAAAGGCAAAGAAAAGUGAAGCAGAAGCUACAGAAAAGUGCAACAGAAGGAGGAUAUAUUGGAAUAUUCUGGGCAGAGACAGUGGUGAAUUAUGGAGCUAUGCUGUGCUAUGUUGUGAGCCUGGCAACAGUGAGGCUGAGAGGAGCCUCAUUCUUCUGACCCAUGUGUUCCUUAUCAACUGCAUUUUACAUCUGGACACUUCUACAGAUCUCUCAUGAGGUACAUGCAGGUCAGUUUAGAAUCACCCCACCCCCAAAUCCUGUCACUGGAUUUCUUGGAGCGGACAUAAUCCUGCCAUGCCAAGUAACAGACUUGAAUAUACCUGACAGCAACAGGAUCACUGUCCAAUGGACCUAUGACAAUUCCUCAGGAAACAAUGAAGUCAUGUCCUAUGAUGGAAGAAAGAAGGAAGACAAACAGGACAAGAGAUACCAAGGCCGAACAGAGCUCUUCCACUCUGAGUUUAGUAAAGGGAACAUGUCCCUCAAUCUGAGAAACAGCCAACUCUCUGACCAAGGAACAUACACCUGCAUGAUCUCCCUUGAAAACUGGUAUGACCAGGCAGUUGUUGAGCUGGUUGUGGUAGCAAAAGGAGAGGCGCCUUCCAUUUCCUUGGACCUUUAUAAGGGCCAUGGUAUUGGCCUCUCUUGCAAGUCUAAGGGUUGGUACCCAAAGGCCCAGGCUCUCUGGCUGGACAGCAAAGGGAAGAAUCGAACUGAGAAAUCAGAGACUACAAACACAGAGACCCCACCUGGGAUCUUCAGUAUUUCCAGUUCCAUUGUGAUACAACCAGGAAGAGACAAUGAGGUUUCUUGCAAAAUCAUCAGCAAUGUCUUACAACUGGAGAGUGAAUCCAGGAUCCUGAUUUCUGAUGUUUUUUAUCCUACCACUUCUGCUUGGCUUCCUCCUUUCAUAAUAAUUUUAUUUCUUACCCUGGGCCUUAUUCUUUUUAUGUUGCAUAAAUUGAGAAAGAGUAAUCAGAAGGCAACUCAAUCAGAAAACAAGAAGAAUGAAUUAAAACAAAAGCAAGAAAUACUACAGAAUGCAUUAGAUACAGAAAAAACUACAAGGGAAGGCAUUGUUGCUGAACAAGAGGAACGUUUUGCUCGACUCACAAUUGAACUUGAAUUUAGAAGAGCUCAGAGUUAUGAAGCUGCUGUCACUUGGGAUCUAGAUUUUAACCUACAUGAAGUUAAAAAAAGAAGCCAUCGUAAUAAGCUUCCCAAGACUGGGAAAGCAGCAGCACCUUCUGGGACUCCUUUUGUAGUGGCAAAGGAUGGUUAUUGCACGGGUAAACAUUACUGGGAGGUGAAAGUAGGGGACAGGAUUGAUUGGGAACUGGGGGUGCUGACUCAGUCUGAAAAGGAAAAAACCCAAAAUGAGAAGUUUGAGAAGUCCCUGGGGAAAGGAUCCUGGGCUCUGAAAAGUCUUGGAGGAGACUUCUUUUCUAAUUCAACUGAAGAUAAGAUUGAAAAGAAGGAUGUACCCUAUUCAGCAAUUGGCAUAUUCUUAGAUCAAGACAUGAAAAAUAUCUCAUUUUAUAAUGCAAAUUUAAUGUUCCUUAUAAAAUCUAUUCCUGUUCAGUCAACUGAAAGAUUGUACCCAUUUUUAAGUUUUGGUAAGGCUGCAGAAACCUCAAAUGAGAAGCCACUAGAUCAUCCACAUCAAAGUCCCUGUUGUUUGUCAGAGUCCAGUAGAGAGGAGGAGGCAGAAAAGUUGACUGAAAUUUCCAAAAAAUCUAUAAAAAUAAAGAGUAAAAAUCUUUGACAAAUUUAAGUGGUGUGAGUGUGUGAACCAUUUUUAACACAUACUACAUUCAUAGCACAAUCUUGAUUCCCAUAGUGAUCCCACUGAGUUCUUCCCUCUCCUUCUCAGGGGAGCUCAGCCAGGUAGAUUGUUAUGCUUACAGAGAUUCUAGGACAAUCAGGGAUAUACUGGGUAUUAUGUAUUUUCAUGUACUUUUCACCGUCUUUCAUAUUUUUAUUGUGGUAC